ACAAAAACUUGUGUGACUCCAAAGAGAAGAACAAAGGAAAGGUUUGUGAGAGAAUCAAUUUUUUUUUUUUCCCAAAGUUCCAAUUACAUGGGUAGUAAAAGGGUAAUUGAGGAACUACUCAGAGGGCGUGAUUUGGCCAAACAGCUUAAAAGUGUCAUCAACAAUGGAUGUGAUGAAAAACUAGCAGCAACAACAACAACAACCCCAUUUGCCGAACAUCUUGUGAAGGAGGUGCUCAUGUCCUUUUCCAAUUCACUCUUGUUCUUGAACAAUCCCACUUCUCAAUCCCAUGAUAUUAAUCCCUCUAACUCUGAGGACUCUCAAGAGAGUAACUGCAAAACUUCCACCCUUAAGGAAAAAAGAGGGUGUUACAAAAGAAGAAGAACUUCACAAUCGUUGGAGAAGGAAUCUGAAACUCCAAUUGAAGAUGGUCAUCAAUGGAGGAAGUAUGGCCAAAAAGUGAUCCUAAAUACCAAAUAUCCAAGGAACUACUACAGAUGCACUCACAAAUUUGAUCAAAGUUGCCAAGCAACAAAACAGGUUCAGAGAAUUCAAGAUGAUCCUCCACUUCACAGGACAACCUAUUAUGGAAACCACACUUGUAGAAACAUGCUAAACCCUGAGAUCAUACUGGAUCCAAUUGCUUCUUCUGGCCCUUCUGUAUUCCUUAGCUUUGACAACACCCUCCCUAAUCCAGCCAAACAAGAUUGCCCCUUUCUCUCAUCUUCUUUUCCAUCAUCAUCAUCAACAUCAUCAUCAGUGAAAAAGGAGUGUAAGGAUGAGAUUAACCCUCCCUCAUCUUCCUCCAAUGAUUACUUCCUCCCUUCAGAGUUCACUUUUGAUAACUCACCAAGUCAUGUUAUUUCUGAUGUCUUAUGUGAUCCUGCUGAGUUUGAUCAAGCCUUUGAGCCCUUUCUUGCAUUUAGAUGACUACUACCUAUGUUUUGGUCUCUAAAUCUUUUUUUUUCUUUUAUAAUUUACUUUAGCGAAAGUUGUGCAAUGUAUAGUAGUACAAGAGGAGCUAGUUGAGUGUAGGUAGCAUGGGUUCUAUCUAUGGUUGUAAAAUCUGUACUGUACUUAUCCAUUUUCAGUGAAUGAGAGGUGAACUAGUUUGGAAUUGUUC